GACAAAAACACAUCGCUGCCAUUAUAAUCAACGAACUUGUCUCCUCCAGCGCUGUGCGCGCUUGCAUAGGAGAUGUGUUGUGAGGAAACACGCUGCUCCGCGCUCGCUGACGUCACCCCGGCGAGCGCUCGCAUAGAUGAGAGCGCGAGAGUACAGUGACAGGCAGCGCCUCGUCCACUGUACGCAACACUGAGUGCGGCUCAGCACUAUCUCAGGCUACACGCGAGACACGGCAGCAGAUCACGGAAUGUGACUAGACAACAUUCCGCUUUAUUUGAGGCCGGUCGUCAGCCCUGCACUCACGGGGUGCAGUACUUUAAGACCAGCGCUCCCAUUAUUACCAAGUGAUCACUGCCCUCCUGUGAUCCGGGAAUUACAUUAGGAGCUUUAUUAAUUUUGUUAAUUAUUCUCGAGUUUCUGUCCCACUCUAACGGUUCGACUCUGACUUCAAGCUGAGGCUUAAUAACUGGAUUGUAUCGGUGGAUCAAUAGGAGACUGCUGCUGUCUUGAUAUAAAAAUUUCCUCUUGGAUUAUUGUCUCAGCAUCAUGAACACGAGUGUACCCUAUCAGCAAAGCUCAUGCAGCAGUGAACGGAGCUCUGGACCAAUCCACUGCUUUCGCUGCCGGGAGGUGUGUAAAGGAGAGGUGGUACGAGUUCAGCAUGUCCACUUCCACAUCAAAUGCUUCACCUGCCAAGUGUGUGGCUGUGAUUUGGCACAGUCCGGAUUCUUCCAGAAGAGUGGCGAGUACAUCUGCACAGCAGACUACCAGUGCCUGUAUGGCACAAAGUGUGACAGCUGUGGGGACUUUAUCUCAGGGGAGGUGGUCUCUGCCCUGGGCCGCACAUAUCAUCCAAAGUGUUUCGUGUGCAGCGUGUGCAGGAAACCUUUUCCAAUUGGGGACAGAGUAACGUUCAGUGGUAAAGAAUGUGUCUGUCAGCAGUGUUCCCUCAAGCUGGUUAAUUCCAAUGAGCCAAUCAAAAUCCACGGGCCCAGUCACUGUGCAGGUUGUAAGGAGGAGAUCAAACAGGGUCAAUCUCUGCUGGCGUUAGAGAAACAGUGGCACGUCAGCUGCUUCAGGUGUCAGACCUGUGGCCUGGUCUUGACGGGAGAGUACAUCAGCAAAGACGGCAUUCCUUACUGUGAGUCAGACUACCAUGCCCAGUUUGGGAUAAAGUGUGAAACGUGCGACAGAUACAUCAGUGGACGUGUGCUGGAGGCUGGAGGGAAGCACUACCACCCCACUUGUGCUCGCUGUGCCUGGUGUCAGAUGAUGUUUACAGAAGGAGAAGAGAUGUAUCUCACAGGUUCAGAGGUGUGGCAUCCUGUGUGUAAACAAGCAUCUCGAGCAGAGAGGAAACUGAGACUCAGGCGCACAUCAGAAACCUCCAUCUCUCCGCCAGGCUCCAGCAUUAGUUCACCCAGCAGAGUCAUCUGUGCAAAAAUGGAAAACGAGAUCCUUGAUUACAAAGACUUGGCAGCGCUGCCUAAGGUUAAAGCCAUUUAUGAAGUGCAGAGGCCAGACUUCUGGUCCUAUGAGCCCAGUCACAGAUACUGCUCCGAUGACAGGCUAGAGCGUCUCAGCUAUGGGGAGUCCUUGGGCACGCUCUCCCCUUAUUCUCAGGACAUGUAUGACAGUAUGGACAUAAGGAUGAGAAGAUCCUCCAGUCCGGGGUACAUAGACUCCCCCACCUACAGCAGACAGGGCAUGUCUCCCAUCAUGCCCCGCUCUCCACAGCACUACUACAGAUAUGGCACUGAGAGUGGCAGAAGUUCACCCUAUUACAAUCAGCUAGAUGCCCGGUCCAGCACGCCCACCACAAACCAAGCUCCCAAGCAUUUCCAUGUGCCAGCCACAGGGGAGCCCAAUAUCUACAGGAAGCCUCCCAUCUAUAAGAGACAUGACAAUCACUGCAAUCCAGCAACUAAGAGCAAGACCAGUGAGGACAUUGUCCAAUCUUCCAAGUUACUAUCAGCCUAUUCACCUGAACACUACCAACACUCAGAGUCUGAUUACUAUCACUACACCAGCUCUCCUAAAUCUUUACGUGCUCCUCGGAGAAGGUACUCAUCAGGUGGAGAAGAGGAUGGCUGGGGUCACGGCCUUCAAAGAAUUCAGGGUGGUAUCGGUAGGUUGAUCCUGAAGGAGGAGAUGAAAGCCCGCUCCGGUUCCUAUGACAACGACCCCUGGGGCAGCGCGCGGAACUCUCGCAGUGGGAGCAGGGAGAUGUUGCACAGCAUGGGCCACAACAACACAGUUAACGGCUCUCCUCGGACAAACUUUGCAACGGAAAAUGACUACAUAUCCAAGUCAGCCUCUUUGCCCGGAUAUGGCCGGAAUGGAUUGCAACGGCCACAAAGUGCAGACUACUAUCAGUAUGACAGUGGCAGUGAAACCAACUGGGGAAUCAGAGAGUACAAGGUAAGAACGAUGGUUUAGCAUUACCAGAGGAUUAAAGGGAGCCCAGAGAGGCACCUCUGAAACAUUACUGUCUUCUCCAGAGGAAAGCCCAGAUUUACAGUAUGUCAGUCUAAUGAACCCUGAUGGAUCAAAGCAAUGUCCUGCUGGUCAAAGCAUGUGGAAACUAGAGGAUGGAGAAAUUAGUGCUUCCAGGUCAUGAGGCCACUGUGUCUUUCCCCAUCUGGCCCUUAGUGAGUUGGAGACUGUAGGGGCCGUGGAGAGGGCAGGGGUUUGUCUCACCCCUUUGCUCCUGGUUGGUCAAGAACUAUAUUGUUCUGCUUGGUGCUGCUUCCUGUCUCGGUUACAGCUACUGUGCCAGAGGCUGUGUGAUUUCCUUUCACUUUUUAAACUGUAAGUGAGAGGAAAAGGAGGUCCACCAGUGCACAGCCUGCUCUGAGAACAAUGCUUAGCUUUCCAUUAUCAAUCUUUGAAGGAAAGUUUCAGUCUGGACAAAUUGCUUGUAAAUCAAUAAAUAUAAGUUUCAGUGUUUAUAUAGUUUAAAGUUUACAUUACAAUGAAAUGCACUGCUAUCUUUUGUUGCAGAUCUACCCAUAUGAAGCACUUAUCGUGACCACUAGGGGGCGUAACAGGUUGCCAAAGGAUGUAGACCGGUCUAGAUUAGAGCGGCAUCUUUCCCCUGAGGAGUUCUAUGAGGUGUUUGGGAUGACGAUGGUGGAGUUUGACCGUCUGGCACUGUGGAAGAGGAACGAGAUGAAGAAACAAGCCCGGCUGUUCUAGUGUUCCUGUCCCACACACACACACA